CCGGGGGAGGGGGGCGGGAGGAGGAGGGGUCCCUGCUCGGGUGACAGGUCCGUCCCUGAGGGCGGAGCGGGGGCCGCCUGCGGCACGGCGGGGUGAGGAGCCCGCGCAGCUCCAUCCCCCCGGCGACUCCUCCCGUCCCGGCCCCUGAGGAGGGAGCGGAGCCGCGCUCGGUUCCAGCGCCGCCAGCGAACCCGCCAUGUCCGGCCAAAGCCUCACCGACCGCAUCACGGCGGCGCAGCACAGCGUGACCGGCUCGGCCGUCUCGAAAACCGUGUGCAAGGCCACGACCCACGAGGUUAUGGGCCCCAAGAAGAAGCACCUGGACUAUUUAAUCCAGUGCACGAAUGAGAUGAAUGUGAACAUCCCACAACUGGCAGAUAGUUUAUUUGAAAGAACUACCAACAGUAGCUGGGUAGUGGUCUUCAAAUCUCUUAUCACAACCCAUCAUCUAAUGGUGUAUGGAAAUGAGCGUUUUAUCCAGUAUCUGGCGUCCAGAAACACAUUGUUUAAUUUGAGCAAUUUCCUAGACAAAAGCGGAUUGCAAGGGUAUGAUAUGUCAACGUUUAUCAGGCGGUAUAGCAGGUAUUUGAAUGAAAAAGCUGUUUCCUAUAGACAAGUGGCUUUUGACUUCACAAAAGUAAAAAGAGGGGCUGAUGGAGUGAUGAGAACAAUGAGCACAGAAAAACUCUUAAAAACUGUACCAAUUAUACAGAAUCAAAUGGAUGCACUUCUUGACUUUAAUGUUAAUAGCAAUGAACUUACAAAUGGUGUAAUUAAUGCUGCCUUCAUGCUCCUCUUCAAAGAUGCCAUUAGACUGUUCGCGGCAUAUAACGAAGGGAUCAUUAACCUCUUGGAAAAAUACUUUGAUAUGAAAAAGAACCAAUGCAAAGAAGGCCUUGAUAUAUAUAAGAAGUUCCUCACUAGAAUGACACGGAUCUCAGAGUUCCUUAAAGUUGCAGAGCAAGUUGGAAUUGACAGAGGAGACAUACCAGAUCUCUCACAGGCACCAAGUAGCCUUCUUGAUGCUUUGGAACAACAUUUAGCUUCUCUAGAGGGGAAGAAAAUCAAAGAUUCCACAGCUGCAAGCAGGGCUACCACCCUUUCCAAUGCAGUCUCUUCCCUUGCAAGUACUGGCCUGUCCCUCACAAAAGUGGAUGAAAGGGAAAAACAAGCUGCGUUAGAGGAAGAACAGGCUCGCUUAAAAGCUUUAAAGGAGCAACGUCUAAAAGAACUUGCAAAGAAACCUCAUACCUCUUUAACCACGGCAGCUUCUCCUGUGUCAACUGCAGCAGGAAGCAUAAUGACUACACCAGCCAUUGAUAUUUUUUCUACCCCUAGCUCCUCUAACAGCACUUCAAAGCUGCCAAAUGAUCUGCUUGAUUUGCAGCCAACUUUUCAUCCGUCUGUACAUCCUAUAUCUGCUGCUCCACAAGUAGGAAGUACCUGGGGAGGGUUCACUCCAUCUCCUGUUGCUCAACCACAGCCAUCAGCUGGCCUUAAUGUUGACUUUGAGUCUGUUUUUGGAAAUAAAUCUUCUAAUGUUGUCCCAGAUUCUGGUGGCUUUGAUGAACUAGGUGGUCUCCUAAAACCAACAGUGGCCUCUCAAAACCAGAGUCUUCCAGUUGCCAAAGUACCGCCUAAUAAAUUAGUGUCAGAUGAUCUGGAUUCAUCUUUAGCCAAUCUUGUAGGCAAUUUGGGCAUUGGAAAUGGAACUACUAAAAAUGAUGUAAACUGGACUCAGCCAGGUGAAAAGAAACUAACAGGUGGUUCCAACUGGCAACCCAAGAUUGCACCUACAACUGCGUGGAACGCUCCAACGUUGAAUGGCAUGCAUUUUCCACAAUACGCACCCCCUGUAAUGGCCUAUCCUGCCACAACGCCAACAGGAAUGAUGGGCUACGUGAUGCCAUCACAGAUGGGAGGCAUACCAGUAAUGACACAGCCAACUUUGAUAUACAGUCAGCCAGUCAUGAGACCACCAAACCCCUUUGGCCCUGUACCGGGAGCACAGAUUCAGUUUAUGUAACUGUGUUAGAUGGAAGAGAAAGGAACGUUUCCAAAAAGAUGUGCUCAGCAGUAAACUCCCACUUCCAGGAAAAAAUGAACUUCAGUCUCUCAAACUCUCCUCUUCCAUUAAGUGAUGCAGUGAAUUGAUGAAGACCAAUGAAGGAAGCUGGGACACCUCCCUAAGAAGACAUCAGUACACAACACAAAGCCAAGAAUUGCCAUGAAUUAAGACCGAGAUCUAUUCUUGUCCUGGUGACUAACAUGUCAAUACUCUCAGCUUCUAAUAAUAUCCUUAAUUGGUAACGUAUGAAGAGAAGCCUUUAUUCUGGAAAUUGAUAUUGUUGUUUGGAAAUGCUGUCUGGAUUGGAGAUGUGUCCUUUACCGUAAGUCGAAACAAGACUCUGGGCAGGGGAGGGUUGAAUCCUAACUCUUAAUUCUGCAGUUACCUUUUCUUCAGUCCUCACAAAUGUAGGCACAGCAGUAAUGGAAAUUAACUUUUUUUAAAAAUUAUAUAUUCAGUUUGCAGUAGACAUUCCUUAUGUAUUAUUGUUUGUAUUUAUUUAUGAUUAUCAAUUUAACAUUAAUAUUGUAUCAAAAAAACCUCCUUAUGAAAAUGAGUAUGGAUGUAUACAGUAUGUCUGAUUUUUAUCCACAAAGAAUGAAUCUGAUUCAGAAUGCUUUUCAGCUGACAUACAGAGCACUAAAUAUUUUAAAGGUCUGAAUCUAAUGAAUUCUCAGUAUAUAUGGGAAUUAGGGAAGAGCUGUAAAACGCAUUAAUCCUUAUAGUCAAUUCUGUGCCUAGGAUUUUGCAAGGGAACAGUUAACUGACUAGAAGAAGCACUACAUUUUUAAUUCAGCAUUAGUGCAUUGGGAAGGAACUUUAUUGCUUCGUGCUUGGCAUGUCAUUAUUUUUUACAUUUGACAUUAUAAGGCCUUUCCAAUAUGAAUGUGAGGAAUUGCUUUCACUUUUAAGACUUUCCUUCUUUUCUGUAAAAAAAAAAAAAGAGGUGUUGUGUGUUGGGGGGGAAAGCCUUUUCAUUUGGCUUGUGCCAUGUUUAUGAUCAUGUACCUUUUAAAAGUAAAAAAGGGGAAGUAGCUUCCUUACAUAUGUCUAGUGGGUAUUUAGUUCACGAGGAAUUAAAGUAGCGCUGUUGAUCGGUGCUUUGUGUAAAUACAUCAUAACUUUUGGGUGGAGUGGGGCCUUCAGAAGGAUAGUCAAUGAUACGAAAGCAAUUCUGUACAUGAAUUAAGCAUACUUGCUGCAUUGUCUCUGCAGAUUCUAUUUUUGUUUAAAAUAUUAAAAUGUAUGUUAGCAAAAAUGGGUGGAUUUUCAAAUAAAAUGCAGCUUCCACAGGAUUUUGUUACGGUAUGAAAGUCUGAGGUUCUUUUCUUUUUGCUGCUUAAAAUGUGCACUGAUAAUUGCUUUGUUUACUUAAUAAAAUACCAAAUGUAUUUCA